UUGGCAAAACAAGUUUUAAAUAGUAACAUUUUUCUGUUUUGGUUAUGUUUACAUCCGAAGGGGUUCCUAAAGUUUCAUUCAAUUAAUAUAAUUUAACGUACACCGAAUUGAUUCACCAAAAUGUCUGAAAGAAAAGUGCUAAACAAAUAUUAUCCGCCAGAUUUCGAUCCAGCGAAGAUCCCGCGUAUGAAACUGCCUAAAAACAGGCAAUAUACUGUCAGAUUGAUGGCCCCAUUCAAUAUGCGCUGUGCGACCUGUGGUGAAUACAUAUACAAAGGAAAGAAAUUUAAUGCUCGCAAGGAGGAUGUAGAGCAUCAAGAUUAUCUGGGUAUCAGAAUUUACAGAUUUUACAUUAAGUGCACAAGAUGUCUGCAGGAAAUCUCGUUCAAGACUGACCCGAGAAAUACCGAUUACGAAAUCGAAGCUGGCGCGACCAGAAAUUUUAUGGCCUUGAAAUUGGCAGAGGAGUUGGCCCAAAGGGAGGAGGAAGAGCUGAAGGAAGAGGAGGCGAGUAAUCCUAUGAAGCUGCUGGAAAACAGAACAAAACAGUCGAAAAAUGAAAUCGAAUUGUUAGAGUCUCUGGAGGAGCUGAAGGAUUUGAACAAGAGGCAGCAAGCCGUCGAUUUUGACGGUAUGCUGAGCGUAUACGAUACGAAGAUGACGGAGCGAGAGCGCGAGGAGAAGCUCAAGCAAAUGGACGAGGAUUACAUCAAGACGGUUAAGUUUCAAUCGGGGGGUGGCAGCAAGAGGAAAGUUGUUGUCGAAGAAGAGAUUAUCGAAGACGUCGUUGACCCAAAGAUUACUAAAAUAAAUGAAGCUUGCAACGUUAACACCACAGCUACAACAAGCAGUAGUGGUGGUAGUAGUAAAAUUAGCGCAAAUACUUGGACCAACAGUACGUCCGUGGGUGGAGGUGCAUUGAAAGGUAAAAAGCUUAGUGGUUUAGUCAAAUUGAAAAGAGAUUGCGCGAAAGUGACUUCAGCACAGGUCAGUUCUGCGCCUGCAACUACAACCUCUAACAGUUUAUCUUUACUUGGUGCGUAUUCAGACAGCAGUGAAAGUAAUUCCGAUUAACGAAGAUGAUAAAUUGUAUAUACUUUAUUAACAUUAAAAAGAAUGUAUUUUUUAA